AUCGGACCCGGGCGCGCGAGGGAAGUAAGGAGCAAGGGUAGGGCAACCGCGCGCCUCCAUCCGCCGUGCCGGCGCCUUCAGCGUUCAGCGGAGUUUUCAGAUCGCUCUAGUACGUGAGAGUGCGCGCGUCGGUCGUUGUCCGUUGCUCCUCCGCGCGCCGGCUCUGAUCCCACGCGAGGCAGCUAAUCGCGCGCGUAUUUCGCGAGUAUACCCGGCGCCGCUCUCGCUCUCUCGUCUCGUAACAGCGUUCGCUGGUUCGCAACGAGCGAUGCCGUGCCCAUGAACAGGAAUCGAGGGGACAUCGCGUAUCCGCGUGUGGCAUCCUUUUAUCCUCCGUCAAUUUUUCUUUUCCAUCCCCGUGUCUCCCCCUCUUCCCCCCCUCGGUAACCCACAAUGUACUUGACUCUCUGAUUCGUUCUUCAUUUCGCUCAUUCUCCCCCCCCUGUCUCCCUCCCUCCUUCCCCAUCCGUGAGGUCCACGUCCAUCGGUCCUUUGGUUCCAGUGCCUCGACAUUAAUCCGUGUGUGAGUAUCGUCGCCGGUGUUUUCUGUUCCGAAAAGUGCCGCUUUGUCUCUUCCUCUCGCGUAACAGCCUCCCUGCUCACUGCUCUUCCUGUACCUUCUCGUAGAAGUCAAGUGUGCUGUGCGCGUACGGUUUUCCCCCAUGCGUGUGCGCGCGCGCGCUCGAACCGCUAAAGAAACGGCGCAGCAGGUGUAGAAAAGGGGAGGAGGAGAAACGAGACGACGACGCAAGAGAGAAGUGCGACGAAACUUUUUAUGCGGAUACACGUAACUAUUUGUCCGGCGUGAUCGUAGUGCUGCAAUUGUCUCGAUAAAAGUUUUCCUCGCGCGAGUUUAACCGACCGACGGACGGGACUCGGCGCGGUUUCCCAAUCCGCGUUCUUUCUCUCUCUCUCUCUCUCUGUCUCUCUCGUUGACAGUUCGCGAGCGCGCGCGAGAGCGCGACACUCUCGGCUCGGCCGCUGCCGCGCGCGCGCGCGCGCGAGCGCGCUCGAGAAAGAGAGGAAUAGAGAUAGGAAGGGAGAAAGAGAGAGACUCUCGUGAGAUUCUUCGGCGGAGCUGCCGGGAGCCGGGAGCCGGGAGCGCGCAACGCCAAGUUUUUGUGAAUCUCCGCGUCGCAGUAAAAGCAGCCAAAAUUCGGGUGAAAGGUGAUCCGAAGCCAUCCUACGCGAUGGACCAAGCCGACGAGCAGGACUUGGAAAAUCCAGGCGGAGGAUCAGUCGUCGCUGCUACCAAUGGAAGCGCCAUCGGAAGCAACGGGACGAACGGUGCCAAUGGUCAUCAACACCACCAGACACCGGAGGGUUCCUUGUAUCAAGAAGAGAACGAAGAGUCGGAUUUGGAUGACGAACCGCAAGAUGACGAAGACUUACUUACGCAGCCGCUUCAAGUCAAUCCGCAGGUCUUGGAAGCGGCUGGUGUGUCUUCAUUAGCACAAUUGACCACUUUCAUGAACUCGCAUCAUCAGGUAAUGUCAAAGCAUGGCGAAGUAGACAUAUUACAAGGUAGAAAUCUUGAGGCUCUACAUGCUGCAAUGGCCAGCGGUAACUUGGGCAAUCUGUUCCCACCUUUAUAUAUGUCGCCGCCGCCACCACCACCGCUACCGCAGCCCUUGUUAAACAAUUCGCAAAUCGUAGGAAAUCUCGGGAAUCAAGUCGUCGAAAAUCAGGCGUUACCUGCUUCUUCCUCUAGAACUUCUACUUCGCAGUCCGAAUCCUCGCCACCUCGCUGCAGGACUAACGGAGAGACUUCGCAAGGAACCACCAGGAAUAACGGGGAAGCUCGUGAGGGUGAAACUCGUGCCGCGUCGGUGAAUAGUCAGCAUCCACCUGGAACUAAUUGGAGCUUCGAAGAACAAUUCAGACAGUUGUAUGAGCUGGACGAUAACCCUGAACGGAAGGUAUUCCUCGAUGACCUCUUUUCUUUCAUGCAAGCAAGAGGAACACCCAUCAGCCGACUGCCUAUCAUGGCAAAAUCCGUAUUGGAUCUGUACGAGCUCUACAAGUUGGUUGUGAUGCGAGGUGGCCUCGUCGAAGUGAUCAACAAGAAACUGUGGCAGGAAAUUAUCAAGGGUCUUCGACUGCCAGCGAGCAUCACUUCCGCCGCGUUUACUUUACGAACUCAGUAUAUGAAAUAUCUAUAUCCAUACGAGAAAGAGAAGGAAGGAUUAUCAACGCAAGAACAACUCCAGACAGCAAUCGAGACGAAUCGUCGCGAGAGCCGCAGGAACAAUUACGCUUUCUCUUCUAACAACGACAAUCUACCGCGUAGCCAGCACAAUUCGUUGUCGAAUCAAAUGCCGCUGCCGCUCUCCAUCGCCCAAAUGGCGGUGGCUGCGAAUGAACCGCAACAUCAUGUCGUCAACGGACAUCCGCACGCUUCGCAACAUCAUCCGCAACAUCUUCCACCAAACCUGGGACCUACUCAACAAGCAGCAUUUUCAGAGUAUAUGGCGAGGCUAAUCAGAGACAGAAAUACAAUUGCUAAUAAUCCGAUGAUCCAAAGUAGCACAUCGACACCGCCACCGACAGCGACGGAAGGAUUUAAAUCCGGAUUACAUUUUUGGAAUCAAGUAUACAAUCAAACCAAUAAUAUCCAGUAUCCAGGGAUGGUUCAGCCAUCUUUUUCUCCAGCGUCGUCUCAUUCGCCAUCAGCACCGUUGAAUAGUCCGGAACCACAAAGAGAAGCCUUAGAUCUCGCAAACUCUGGACACAGAUCGGAUCCAGUGUCUUCUCCAACCACUAGUAGAUCACCACCAACAGGAGUGGAUGUGAAGAAAAAUCAAGAGAUUGUACACUCACCUCCGACACCUACUAAAAGAAUAAAAAGGAUGUCGUUAUCCGACGAAGAAGGAAAUAACACGAUACAUUCCUUGCGUAUUAGACAAAUGGUUAGCACUAAAGAUAAUGGACGAAGACAACUAGCAAUUAGUAUAGACAUUGACGGUAUGUUGUAUGAAGGCGUCCUUCCAGUUAAACAAGUUAAUGAUGAAGACAGUAGUAACUCAUCGAGUCCCAAUAAUAAUAAUGUGACACGAUCUCGACAGAAUAGCGAUUCGUGAAUGUUUUGAAGGCACGAUUUUACACGAAACGAACCAGCCUUGGAGAGUCUAAUUAAUAAUUCCGCUUUUCAAAUACAUGUAAGACAGUUAGGACUAGACAUUAUAAACAUCUAGUAUGAAUUGAAAGAAGAGGAAAUAAAAAGACGAAUUUUCCAGUAUUUAUACAUUAAAAUUUUUUAUCACAUUCAGUUGAUGUAUUCCUUUACAAAAUUCUAUUAUAAGAGGAUUGUUAAUUUCUUUUAUUAGAAUAAUUUUUUAUUAACGAUUCUUUUUUCAAUUAUGAUUGGAAACAUUUUAUAAUGUCGCGACCUUUCCUAGAAUUUCACAUGUUGCUCGAAUAUCUAUAAUAUCUAUUUGAUGAAUAUUUCAAAUGUAUUUAAAAAGCAGAGUUAUUACGUUCGAAAAUUAAUAGUUCCAAAUAGUUCUACAUAUAUGUAUAAAAAAUAUAUACGUCCAUAAAACUCUGAAUUUUACUGAAAGAUUAGAAUUUCAAUGCAAAUUGCAAGUUUUAUUGAAAAUCGGAGUUUUAUGAUAAUACAUGUAAUUCGCUAACUAACUUUUUCACAUAGAAAUUUACAACGUAACAAAAA